AUGGCGCCCGACCAACUCUUCCCUUUGGAGGUGAACCCGAGAACGCAGGAGCCGUUUCUGCGUUUGAGGAAACACAAGAACAUCAUCCUGACUCCCAUGCGAUGGGAGGAUGCGUCGUCCCUCGUUCCUUUGUUCAAUGACAAGCGCCCCUACACCAAACUGACUCCGACAGAGGAUGCAGAGGAACGACUCCAGAAACACAAACCACCAUCCGACGUCAUCCUUCAGGAGUUGAAGGAUGCCCAAGGUUCCGAGACUUUGAAGAUGGUAAACGGAGCGCCUGUGUCCUACAUCCGUGAAUUGCAGGAAGACGGUUCGGACAUCUUCCUCGGAAACAUUGCAAUAGGGCGAUGCUUCCACGGCGAGCUGAUGGGUACCAAUACCAUCGACUGGGAAUAUGCAAUGGACAGAGGCCGAAAACAGAAGUCUUAA